GAGUCCCAUGACGUCAUUUUCCUGUUAGUUAACGUGGCGACCGUGUAUCGGCGUAAAGGUUGUUAUUAUAGUUGAACGAUUAAUUAGUUUAUUCUAACUCAUAAAACCGCUUACAAAUAGUUUUCACGACGGUGUUUUGUGCACUGCGAUGUCGUCGUCUGGAGACUUUGGAAAUCCUUUACGGAAAUUCAAAUUGGUUUUCUUAGGAGAACAAAGUGUUGGCAAAACUUCCCUGAUAACGAGGUUUAUGUAUGACAGCUUUGACAACACAUACCAGGCAACUAUAGGAAUAGACUUUCUGUCCAAGACAAUGUAUCUUGAAGAUCGAACGGUUCGUCUUCAACUGUGGGAUACUGCAGGACAGGAAAGGUUCAGGAGUCUAAUACCUUCCUAUAUUCGUGAUUCAACGGUAGCUGUUGUUGUCUACGACAUAACCAAUGCAAAUUCAUUCCACCAAACAUCCAAAUGGAUUGAUGAUGUUCGGACAGAGCGUGGAAGUGAUGUGAUAAUCAUGUUAGUGGGUAACAAGACAGAUCUGUCUGAUAAACGACAAGUAUCAACAGAAGAAGGAGAGCGCAAGGCGAAGGAGCUUAAUGUUAUGUUUAUUGAGACGAGCGCAAAAGCAGGCUAUAAUGUUAAACAGUUAUUUCGGCGAGUUGCUGCAGCUCUUCCAGGCAUGGACUCAACUGAGAAUAAGCCUCCAGAAGAUAUGCAAGAAGUGAUUUUAAAAGAUGCACCAAAUGAAUCAAAAAGUGAAGAGGGUGGGUGUGCAUGUUGAUACACAGAAUAUUAGGAAGAGAGAAUUUGUCAAGAACAUAGAAGUUGCACGCCUUCAAAAAUAAUCAUCAGUAUUUUGAUGCUUUUGUUCUGGUAACACAGUUAAUAAUACUUGCCUGUAGGCUAGUAUUGUAACUUUGAAUAUUUUGGCAAAAUGUUGGAAUUGGGUGAUGAGUGUGGCUGUGCUAUGGAAUUUUAUGCUUUAAUGUUUGUAUUUAAAAAUUUUGUAAUUUUAAUCUGUUCAUAUGUGUGAAUAGUGACAAAUUGUGUUAAUGCUGUAGAGAGAGGAACCACAGUGUGGCAGCAACUGUGUGCAUUUAGACAUGGUGUCUGAAAAAUAUUAUUUUACCAUUUUCUGAAAAUUGUUUCUUGGUUCCAGAUUUGCUAUCAAAAAAAAUUAAGAUGAACACUCAACAUGGUUUUUUUAAGGAUCUCGCUACAAUUUUGUUUAUGAUGCGAUAGCUUGUCUCAUAUUCAAAUUAGCAUGCCGCUUAGCAUAAUUUGUUAGAUUUACUGUACAAGAACCACUCUUGUGCUCUGCAAGGUUGUUUAACUGGAGAUCAGCACCUUGUGGGAGGUAUUCUCAACUCUGAUAGCAGACCUCUGUAUGAAAUUGUUCUUCUCAAGCACUGCCCUCAUGUUCUAGCUACAGAGUGUGCAAUGUCCAUGCAGAUAGCAAGCUUUAAAACUUCAAACACCUACUAAGAACAUCCCACAUCAUUAAGGGAGGUACUUCCAACUCAUCACUCACCAUUCAAACUAACUUUUCGAACUUGACUUUCUGCUGCUUUGAAGCUUGAGGGGCAAUUGGUUCUUUAGCCUUUGAAAGGCAACCAUUAACCACCAUUCUCCAUGGUAUUCCAGUAUUAUAAAUAAAAUUGACAUUAAAAUUUGCUUGUAAAUAUGAAAAAAAAAAUUCACAUAGGUAUAGUAUACAGAAUGAAAAUUCUCUAUAUUCUGAAUUAAAAUGAAAACUUUGGCUGCUGGUUCAUCACAACAAAAUAAGUUUAAAAUCUUUACAUAUACAACUUAUAGUCUGGUGUACUUCCCAAGGUUGAAGUUGGAACUGAACAAUAUUUUUACUGUAAAUAAUAAAGUAUCUAAGAUGGAACACUGGGAAUCUGAAUUCGGUUUAAUUGAAUGAAGUUCUAAAACCAUUGCAAACUUUGUCACUUUCACAAAAUUAUGUUUUGAAAUAAUUGGAGUAUGUGAAAAAGUAAAAAGUAUGAAAAAUAAAGGUUUUUCCAAUUAAUUCAAUAAAAUAAAUUUGUGACAGUGAUAAAAUUUAGUUGUGGAAAUUCAUUCAAUUGAAUAUAAUCCAUGCAAUUAAAAUGUUUUUCAGCCCCAACUUGAAAGACCGUAUACUAUCCUCGAAAAGAACUUCUCAACUUGUCGUGAUUAAUCAGCAGCUGAAGUUUGUAGGUCGAAUUCAGACUCAUAUUAUACUGUUACGGGUGGGGAAAACGGGUUUGUAAGGAUAGCCCAGUUAAUUUUAUACAGUUUUAUUUGCUACUAAUAUUUACAUUACUAAUUAAAUCACCACACUUAAUGUCUGUUCACAAAUCACUAAGUAUCUGUCGAGUCCAUAGUUCACACUGCUCACUGGAGCUAGGCUCGACAGUGGUUCUUCCCUUACCUCGCACCUGUCUACACACACACAGUCCCGUUGCUGCGCGUCUGCGCUGCUUGCAAAGGGGGUCUCUCCUCCUCGCCGAACUCACUCUUCACUCAACUUGCCUGUGCUGGAACCCCUGCAGAGGCCGGUAUCACCGCUUAUAUACCUGUGGGCCGUCUUUCUGGAACUGACUGGAGUGGUUGUGGCGUGUCACGUCAUCCCGGGUGACCCGACGCUCAAAGCGUCCAGAACAGCGGUGCUUGUUCACGCCACUCCGCUUGGUGGCCUCGGUAAGCUCACGGGGUUUCCAGGCCGCUAAGGGACAGAUCACAACGCCGAGGAAGGGGGCAAGGGGAUGGGGGUGGUGAGACAACGAUGCCCUAAUCCUUGAAGGUAUUCGCGCGUGAGGUCAGUGACUACGGGGCCACCAGGCAGCUCAAGUACCUGCCUUCCACGUCUGUGACGAUACCUUCUUUUUAUUUGCUCAGCACACUGUGCAUGCAUACAGCAGGUUUUUCAACAUUUGGAAUCUGUGAGUGUUUAUCUUACUUUGGUUGCAAACAGAAUUCUGAUAGUACAACUUGAAAUCAAGAGAAUAGGUAGAACAAUGUUUUUUUAGACAUGAUGUACUUAAGAUCCAGUUCAUUUCCCUAGUAAUAGUGUUUUUGUAACCCAAAUAGUAAUUGGUCUUACUAAGGUUGACUUGCACACAGUCAGACUAAUCAAAUGGAGUAAUACUUUCCUUCAUUCAAGUCACGACUGUGCAAAUGGGUGGGCAUACACUUCGCUCACAAUAUGGUGAGCACUUUGACAGGUACUGCAAGGAACAUUUAGAUGUUGAAUGUUCAAUAUUGGGUUGCAAUAAACAAAACAGAUUGAUGUUGCACCAAACUAGCUAAUUGUGAAUAAUAUUUAUUUUGUUAGUUGUUUAAGAAUAUUAAGUUUUCAAAGUCUAAAGUUUGCUGAAGCACUUGUCAAAGUUCUACCCUUAUCUUAAACAGAAUGUAAAUGUAUCCAAACACACAUCUUUAUUGUGAAAAAUAUAGACUAUUUAUUGAAUUUUCUUUUCUGUUUGUAUUUUGUUCAUAUCUGGUAUCAUUGUUUUGUAAAAAUGAGUAGGUAAUGGUCUCCAAAAGGCAGGAAUGUGAAUUUUAGUUUCUCACACAGAUAUAUGCUUUACACAAAUACAUUCACAUCUGAAGCAAAUGUGAUUUCUAAGUAUUGUCAAUGAAAAUAUCUACCCAGAAAAUUACUUAAUUGCCAUCAUACAGCAGCCAAACACAGUGAGUUUGAUAAGCUAGGUUCAUGCCAUCUGAGUAAAAGAGCUUACAGACCAAAGUGUAGUUUGUGAUAUCUAUUCGAAUACGAAUACAAAUAGUUUAUUGCAGAAGCGUAUGCAGAAUUUCGUUAUGGAGUGAGGGAUGUUUGUAGAGCCACUUUGCCCGCUGGUUGCUUUCAAAUUCUUUCCUUUUAUUGUGGGAAUUGUAGAUUUUUUAGGAGGAAGGGGAAAUUGUCUUUCAUUUCCCCAUCCAGCGUACGCCCCUGGUUUAUUAUUUGUAUAUUUGAUUCAACUUCGAAUGCUAUCAUUUCGAAAUAACAAAUAUUUAAUUUGCUACAAAUUUUUAGUUUGUCGUAUUCCAAUACUCACUGUUGAGGUUUAAGUUAUUUGAGCAAUUUAAAUACCCAGUUUAGGUGUUUUAACUGAACCACAUAGGAAAACCACAAACAAUAAUCUGCAACAAGUUUUCAAAGUCUCGCAAAACAGUAGCGGAAAAAAUUACAUUGACUGUAUUUAUUUCAUCACAUAUACCAGUAGUAAGAAAAAAUAAACAUCAAUAACCAUCAAUUACAACAUGAAACACUAACACUCCCUUUGUGAUGGCCAUUAAGGGAAGUGGACAUGAAAGUUGCAACAGCGUGUAAAUCUAUUGUCACAAUCGAUCUACCACCAUGCGGCACAGUAGCAGCUUACUUGCUGUAUGUCUCUAUUAUGAAACAGACAAGUGUAAAUAAUUGUUCCUGAUUGCAGAGGAAAUUAGCAGCAAAUGGGAUUGUAAUAUUGCUGAACUAAAACAGUUUACCAGCUGACAUUAACAAUGGAAAAUCGGGAAUAACUAAGGUUUAAAUAUGUAAAUAUGAGCUCAUUUGUUCACUAUUUUGCAAAUAGUAUUUUAAAACAAAUUUCACAUUUUUCGUGAAAUGGAUCAGAUUUCGUGGUAUUUUUGAGUUUGAGAAAAUUUUCCGAGUCACUAUGUAAAGUAGCUUAAUCUGGAUAAUGAAGCAAAUAAAAUUGAAGUAAAAGGUUCAUUAGGUUAGGUUAGCUGCAUAAUAACACUUUUUUUUUCCAAAUUUAAAAAUGAAAAAAAAUUGUGGUUUGCCAACUACCAUUUUUACUAUUCAAAUUUAAUAUUUGUAUUAGAGGAUAAUUUGCUAUUCAUAUUCGUAUUCAAUUUGAACUAAAAAACUGAUAUUCGCACAGGUGUAGACUGGUUUCUGUUGAUAAGCAUUGAGGUUCGUAAAGAUUGCUUGCUGUCCAACUGUGUGUUUGUGGUGUGGCUUGAUCAUUUAGAAGGUAUGAGCUCUUCUUAGUCACUCCUGUCCUCACUGGUAGGUCACCAAAUUGUUUUAUGGAGUUAACAUCCCAAAGAUAAAACAGGAGAGGUUACACCAAUGGAUACUGCUCUAAACAGUAAGAAGGAACCGUGUCAUCAGUGGAGAUGUAGUUUUUGAUGGAGCCUAGGGGAGUGUACAUUUCCAUAUUUUAAGCACUUUGUAGUGAAACAGAAAACAUAUUUUUUGAAUACUUUUUUUUGCUGACUUUUACUUCAGGUCAAAAAUAUUAACCCUCAGGGCUAAACUAAAGUCUUAGUUAUAGUUUUGUUGUAAACUAACAAGUGGUAGGAAGUGUGUGUCUUAAAGCAAAAACACACAAGCUGUUUACCCCAAGUUCUAUACUCAGUCAUUCCAAGACAAUAUUACUGUUGCAUGGUGGUGAUGCUCGUUCGAGAAUCUUUAACAGUGACAAUUUUUCGACUCAAAUAUUUUGUUAGACAAUAACUAUGGUAACUUCGAAUGGCAAAAAAGUAAUUGAAAAGUAACAUUUGGUGCCAUAAGAAAAUAUUUACGGAUAAGAGGAGUUUUACUACUUUGAAUAAUAUGAAGUUCUCUAGAAUUCAAUGUAAUGGGUUAGAGUACCACUGAUAUUUAAAAUUUGCCAUAUCUUUUUUCCUUAUAUCCAUUCUGUAAAAGUGUAGUGAUUAUUCAAGCAUUACAGAGGAUCAUUUUAUAAACUAAGUUCUCUAAAACCCAGUUCAUGUUUUUAAAAUUAAGAUGCAUUAACUUGCUAUUAAUCAUUAAGUGCUCAUAAUUACAGCCUUUACAGAAGGGAAAAUUCCAUUUAAAUUACAGAAAAUACUUGUAUUUGAAAAACUCUUGUCGCAAUUGACUGGUACUAUAAACUGAUUUUUGCAAUUGAGUUUGUGAAGCAUUCUCAACCUGACUGCUUGCUUGUAAUUUGAUGUAGUUUCUGGUUCUGCUAGACUGAAUACUAACUGACUCAUGCAAGCCAUGUCAACAUUCCACUAAGGUACUUGUACAGCAUAGGGAAUGAGUGCCCUAAAGUGUUCUUACAGUUUAAAGAAUGAUAGUGUGUAUAUUACUGUAGUUAAUAUUCAUCAUGUUACCAUAAACACAUUUUUACCCAAUUUAAGCUUGCGAUGAACCUCGUUCAGAAAUGCUGGUCAUGUCUUGAAACACUUCAGGUAUUAUAAUUACUAAAAUGGUGUUUCAAACUUUCAGACAUGAACUAAUUUUUUUGUUUUAUAUUUGCAAAAUGUAAGAUUCUAUUUUGAAAUAUUAUUUUUUAAUUUGAAGGUACUGAUUAUUUUCUCUCGCUGAAACGGAGUUGUAAGGGAACUAACUGAAGUGAAAGAGAAAGAAAACACGGGGCAGUCGUGCAAGAUCUGCAUAGGCAUGUUAGUAAAGAGUGUACGUGAAAUAAAACAUGCUGAUGUGGCAUACCCAGCACUGACGAGAUGAAAGGGCGGCCCCUCCCCCCUCUCCCCCUCCGAGAGAUAGUCUGAGGGCUGGAAGGAGUGGAGCAGAGGCAGAGUGAUGGUGGGGGAACACUUAUGCUCGUAGCAAUAUCCAACACAUUUCUCUCUUGUUCUGCGAGGCUCCAAAUAAUUUUUUUUUUCCUUCAUACUAUCCAAAAAAAUUCCAUAGUACAGCAUACUCUCAAAUAUUUAUGUUAAACCUCUUUUGUUUCACCUGCCAUGGGCUAACCUCCUUUUACUCCUUAAUUUAGUUUUUAUGAAAAACUGUUUCAAAACUCAUUCUCUCGAGCUUCAUUUGUAUGCAUUACUCAUGUAUGAAAACAUAAAAAAUAAUUAACUUCUAUGAUAUAACUGUGAUGAAAUGAUUAGAAUGUUUAAUUUCAAAUGUGAAAAAUCUCUUUGACAUUCCAGCUUGUCAGCAGCAUUUAGUAAAGAUAUGGUAAAGAAAAUUUUCAAGAAAACGUAACAUUUUACUUUUAUUAGAUAUUGGCAGAUUUAGUCUAAUAAAAAUAUUAUUGAAACAUAGCUAACCUAUGUGGCAGGUGAGACUGACCCUUAAUUCAAACUGCUGAAUGCCAGUAUAAUUUUGCUAUGACCAGAAUACCUUAUUAAUAGUAAUUGUAACAUUACUGACAUCAUUAUUCCCUAAUAUCAAACCUACUAGUACUCAUGCCAAAUAAAUGAAUCAUCAGUAGUAUGGAAUCUUGAUGUAAAAACAGUUGACAAAAGAAGUUGUUACUGUAGUUUAUUGCUGUGGACAAUGAUUAUCUACAACAGUGUCACUAUGCAUACUCUUUGGGUAUUUUUUUUUUUCUAUAGCAGCUCCAUUGGCCUAAGUCAUUUUAUCAGCUUUACGGAGUAAUUGUUUUAAAGGAAAUUUGCUAUUGUCAGAACUAAAUUAAACUAAAGGUAAUUCAGUAAAUAAACUGGAAGAGAAUGUAAACUGUCUCUGUGACACUGUAUAUGUAUAAUCUUUUCAAAUGACAUAACUCUCUCUUGAGAAUUCCACUAUAAUAUUUUGUGAUAAAUCUUGAAAGAAUACGUAUUUAUUUCAUUAAUUAAUUGUAUGUUUAGUAGUAACCUAAAAAUCUAAUAAACUGUGAUUCAAUGUAAUUCAUGAAAUGUUUCAAACGUAAAAGCCUCUAUUCCUGAACCCUUUAUUUAUAUUAUUCUUUAUUUAAUUGUAAAAUAGUAAAACAAUUUUAAACUAGAAGUUUUACAUGAGUUGUGAUUUUACUCAAUUUUAAGGAAAUUUUGUAUAUUAAGAAUGAGGAAAUGGGGCUACAGUUAAACUUUGUUCUAAGGUUUCUGAAGAGACUUAUAAAUUUCUUCCUGGUAGUUUUAAAAUAUGUUUAUUUUAUAUUAAAUAAACAACUUUGCGGAGCAAGCUACCUUAAUAUACUGUGAAAUUGCUACAAGCAGAAAUAUUGUAACAGAGUUCUUCUGAAAAAUAUAUAAAUAAUAUGGAUUAUAAUGUAAUACAAAUUUUAUAUUUUGUUUGAUACAUUUUGCAUUAGUUUUUUUUUUUCCCAAAAACUUAUGCCUUUAUUUUUGCUAUUAGUUUGAUUUAUAUAUAUUUUUUUAAUUUUUUGUGUGUUAUGGCUUUUAUUUUACUUGUUAUCUUAACCAUACAAAUAUUUUAUGAAUUCAUCCCAUGUCCUCUUUAAUUUAUUGUUGUACAUUUUAUGUUAGGUGUGCUGUAUUUGUAUAUAUUGAAGAUUUGUUUGAUAAUUUUGAUUUAUUUUUUGUGUUAUAUCUUUACAUAUUUUGUACUUUAUAGACCAAUAUUUGUAUAUAUUGACUGCUAUUUUUAAAGAAUGGUAUUUUAUAUUCUGUAGUCGAAAAAUGUUUUGAACCAGUGCAAUGAAUCUGUUAAAGAUUAAAGUUGUUUUGUUUGAGGUGGUGGGGUCUCACACUAGUUUUUUCGUAGAUGCGUCUUCCACCUAAUAUUACUAAUACAGUUACCGUACUUCCACUA